UCUAUACACAUGACAUUUAGACACGCAUAAUUCGUUUAUCUAUUUUUGGCUCUGACUCACAAUGCGUGCAGUGCACUUACACACAUUUACUUAUGAGAGCCACCACCUUAAUUAUUUCAUAUUGAUCUCACGGUCAUAUAUUAUCGAUGCGGCUUUUACAGACUAAUGCUUCAAGGCACAGGUGAACUUCGCGUUUUAACGCUUGUUAGCAAGCUGCCAACUGGUUUUGGUAUUUUCCUCACCCCACCCAUUCCUCUUUCUCUUUGUAAACUGCAAACUCAACAGAAUACAGAACUGUACAGUACUGCAGUAUUGUUGAAAACUCCACUCCAGUGUUUUAUCUCUGGUUGGUUUUUGUUAUCUAUUCACACGCACACUAUUAUAGCAUAUCAGAAGAACUCAAGUUCAUUUAUGUCAUUACUGUGUUGGAUCCCAUAGUGAUUUAUUACAAAUUACAAGUGGUUUUGUGUGACUCACACCAUGGUUGAUAAUUAUGGAGUUGCUCCCUUUCCUAAAUCCAUAUCAUUACUGUCGCUGAGUAGCAGCAAGCUAUAUAAUAGACGUAUGGCUAGUUCUAGAGAUAACAUGAAUUCUUCUCAAGAUACUCAUAAUGAUUCUGAUCAUUUGAUCCCUGCCACGCAGUUACUUGAUUACGAGGAACUGGAGUGGCAUGUUGUAGAGAAACCUUCUGUGUCUGCUAGAACUUUUCAGAAUUAUUAUGGCAAUGAUAAUAAGACUAAAAGCCAUUCUAACAAGUCUGGUGUCAUCAAGAACAUCAGUUUCAAUAUGUCACUGGACAACAUGUACUGCUCAAGAUGCCGGGAAGGCUUUGAGCCCAAUGAAAAGAUUGUCAACUCUAAUGGAGAGUUGUGGCAUCCUCAGUGUUUUGUAUGUGCCCAAUGCUUCAGACCAUUUCCAGAGGGAACAUUCUAUGAAUUUGAAGGUCGCAAGUAUUGUGAACAUGAUUUUCAAGUUUUGUUUGCUCCAUGCUGUGGAAACUGCGGUGAAUUUAUUAUUGGUCGAGUCAUCAAAGCUAUGAAUGCCAACUGGCAUCCAGCGUGCUUCCGCUGCGAAGAAUGCAAUGGCGAAUUGGCCGACGCUGGAUUCAUCAAGUGUCAGGGUAGAGCUCUCUGCCACGAAUGUAACGCCAGAUACAAGGCUGGAGCUUUUGGAAAGCCCAUUUGUUAUCAGUGCCACGGAGUGAUUGACGACAAGCCUUUGAAAUUCCGUGGCGAAGUCUACCAUCCAUACCACUUUAAUUGUACUGCCUGCGGAGUCGAGCUCAAUUCCGACGCGAGAGAAGUUCGCUCGAGAGCUGGAUAUGCGGCUAAUGAAAUGAAUGAACUUUACUGUCUGAGAUGCCAUGACAAAAUGGGUAUCCCAAUCUGCGGUGCUUGCCGUCGGCCCAUCGAGGAAAGAGUCGUUACUGCUUUGGGCAAACAUUGGCACGUCGAGCACUUCGUCUGUGCCAAAUGUGAAAAACCCUUUUUGGGUCAUCGUCAUUAUGAGAAAAAAGGUCUUGCCUACUGCGAGACUCAUUAUCAUCAGCUCUUUGGCAAUCUUUGUUAUGUAUGCAAUCAAGUAAUAGCCGGCGAUGUGUUCACUGCAUUAAAUAAAGCUUGGUGUGUACAUCAUUUCGCUUGCGCUUUCUGCGAUCAGAAGAUGAAUCAGAAAACUAAGUUUUUCGAAUUUGACUUGCGUCCUGCUUGCAAGAAAUGCCACGAAAAGUUCCCGGCUGAGCUGAAAAAACGGCUACGACGCAUGCAUGAUUUCGCUCCCAAGAAAAUACCCAGCUAAGCUUAAUAUCGUUGAUUUAUUUGGUAGAGAUUUGAUAGUAGUAUUUGUUUAUUUGAAAAGUCAGUAUUGCCAUUAAAGUCAAUCGACAAAUAACUUUAUCGCUUCGAAAUGAGAAAAACCUGCUUUGUAUAAUUAAUUUAAUGAAAAUACCGGACGUAGAGUCGUUAACCAAAAUGUGAUUGAAAUAAUUAUACACUGCCUUACCGAUGUUGCCAGAUAGUUUUUUUUCAAAUGAGCUUAAUACAAAAUAAUGAAAUACUGCUUUGCAGUGAAUCUCAUUACAGAAUAUACUGCUAUAGUUUUUAAUUUUUAUAGUAGAUAAAAAAAUGAAUAUAUAAUUGAUCGCAUAUCAAAUUCAAAAUGCUUUCUGUCUAAAACUUUUUUAGAAAAUUGAAAACAUCUUUGUAAACCAAAUUUUUUUCCAAUUUUAUACUAAUUUAUACUAUUUAAGCAUUAAAAUUUGAACGUAUCAAAUUACUACAAUAUGAGAAAAUUUUUAACAGUUUUAAACUAAUUCAUUCUUAAAUCUAUACAUCAUAUGAUUAGUAAUACUUCGUAUACAGAGUAUUUUAUAUAUAUAACACUAUUAACUCAUACCGGGUUGGAUAAUUGGAAAACCGAUUUAUCGGUUCACUUUGUGACAUGAACUUUGUAUAUAGUUGAUACAUGAUACCAGAUACUAAUUUGACCAAUUUUCAAGGGCGAUUGCAAUCCUUAAAUCUCAGCCGUUUAAAGGUUAACAGCGUACUUAUGUAAGCAACUAGUGCCUUAGUAUACUAACCGACGAAUUUUAUAAGAAAAAAAUACCAUAUCUAAGUACCCACUCCAAUGAAAAACAAAGAAGAAAUAUUUAUUUUGUUUAUCAAAUAACAAUAAAUGAUAGACAGGCUUGGUAAUUACUCGAGUCAUCAGAAAACGAAACUCACUAUUUUUUGUAUACUGGCCUCUUACUAAGAAUGUACAAUUCAGCGCUUCCACUCACUACUUACGAUAUCGUUUUUAUUAUUCUGUUUGUAGGUUUUCAGUUUUUAACCAUGUACAAUUACACAUGUUACAAAUAAAAUAAAAUAAUAAAUAAUCAAUCUUUUUUUUUGUCACGAAAAUGUUCUGUACAGUUUUUCACUGUUUAAAUGUAAUAAUUUAUGAUCCAUAUCGUUAUUUUACGUUGUUCUUCAAUAUUUAUCGUGUCAAAAAUUAUGAGACAGGUCGAUAAAAAUAA